AUCGAUCGAUAGGCCUACUGGCCUACUCAGACUCGCCUACUAUACACUAGCAGAUAGUGCAGUACAGUGGCACAUCAAUAACCUACUUUGCCACGACCAAGACCAGCCAGCCGCCAGCCACACCAUAACCUGAGAACCUGACCACGGAAACAGAACUGCUGUCGCUUCGAGGUUAGUUCCAGGUGAAGGUUAGUAGGAGGAUAAGGAAAAUUACAAUAAACUAGUACCUGUGCUGUUAAUUUCUGAGCAAAUCUACAAACGUAGUCAGAUGGCAGUCACAAGUCUACUUUAUCAUGUAACUGUUGUCGGCUACUUCAUGGUGGUCACUCACUGGAUGAAAGAAAACAUGCUGGAGUUCAAACCUGAGGAGAUAAAUGAUCCAGUGGUACGUCACGUCAAAAGGUUUUCGCUGCGAUAUCUUACCAACUGGACUUUUACUCUGCAAACUAUAUACUUUCUCGUGGCUCUCGUAGAAGAUGUGUUGAGUGUUUUCAAAGGACAAGAAAGAUUAAAGGAUAAAGUAAAUAAGUUUAAGAACUACUUCUUCACAGUACUGGUGGCACCAAUGGCUUUGUUGGUCUCAAUAGUUUUCUGGGGUAUUUGGUCCGUAGACCGCAACCUCAUAUUCCCCACAGUAUUGGACAAGUACCUGCCUCCUUGGAUCAACCAUUCUCUCCACACUACCACCUCAGUUGUAGUCUUGCUGGAGAUGUAUCUCUGUUUUCAUAAAUAUCCUUCAUUCAAACCUGCGCUGCUUGGAAUUACACUGUACUUGCUCUGCUACUCAGUCUGUCUGAUGCUGACUUACUAUCAGAGUGGUGCUUGGCUCUACCCUGUGUUUAAAACCCUUAACUGGACCCUCAGGAUAACAUUCUGUUUAGCAACAUACGUUCUAGCAAUCGCUCUCUACGGAGCUCAAUACUUCCUCAACAAAGUUUUUUGGGAUGAGAAAGCUGCUACUAAGAAAGCACCCAAGAAGAAACACAAAAAACACUAAUUGAUUGAUAUUUGUUUUAACUUCAAGACACAGUCAUUCCAUUACAGUCAUUCCAUGCUAAAUAGUUACCUAAAUUUAAAAUUAGUUAAUUGAGCUAUAACUUAUAUAAAAAUAGUCUAGAUUGAAAGAAUAUUUGUACUUACAUUUAAUACUUACUUACAGAUCAUUUUAAACAUUUACAAAAUAAAGAAUCAAAUUUAUUUGUGAUGUAAGCAAAGCGAUACUGUAUAUGAAAUUAAGUAAUCUAACUUUUGUUAUACCAGUAUACUGGUAAAAAAAAUUUGAAUUUCAAUUAUGUUCAGUAUUAUAACUUUAUAGUUUAUACAGCCUAAUCACAUAAUUUUUUUAA